AUGUCAGUUGAUUUCAAAUUAUCCGAAGAUUCUACAUUGACUACAAGAUAUCACGUAUUAAGAUCAAUCUCUUCUACAAUUGAAUCAAUGAGGAAAAACAUUAACUCUUACCAUCUUCUUGAUGAAGACAUUUCUUUCGAUGGAAAUGAAUUUCAAUAUAGAGAAAUCGAUGAUGAGUUGGGUGUUGAAAUUCUAGAAGAAGAUAUUACAUCUUCAAGAUCACUUAAUAGUGAGCAACAACAAGUGUAUAAUGUAGUGUUGGAAAAAGUUUUAUCAAACCAAAAUGUUGCAUUCUUUGUAGAUGGCACAAGUGGGACAGGGAAAACAUUCCUAUACAAGGCACUUCUGGCAACAGUACGAUCAAGAAACUUGGUAGCACUUGCAACUGCUUCAUCAGGUGUGGUUGCAUCUAUACUUCUAGGAGGUCGAACAGCUCACUUACGCUUUAAGCUUCCACUUGAUACUGACGAAAAAACCACAUGUUGUGUGAGCAAACAAAGUGCACUCGCAAACCUUCUUCGUGCAGCAAAAUUAAUAAUAUGGGAUGAGGCACCGAUGACAAGAAAACAACACAUAGAGGCAUUAGACAAAAUGGUACGAGACAUCAAUGAUUCUGACGUAGUCUUCGGUGGAAAGAUUGUUGUUUUCAGGGGAGAUUUUUGA